UUAGAAAAAUCAAGGACUACUCUUAGUAAUAUUACAAAUCAUUGUGAAUCAGAUCUCACAUUUUUACGAAGAAGACAAUCAGAAGAUGGAGCUGUGGAAGAUUAUUUAAUUAGAAAAAGAGUUUUGCCAAAUGACUUUUUGGAAGAUUGCGGUGGUAGGGAACGUAGACGCAGGCAAGAGUACCCUACUUGGGGUCUUGACCCAUGGGGAUCUCGAUAAUGGGCGAGGGCAUUCGAGGCAAAAAUUGUUCAGACAUAAACACGAAAUCGAAUCGGGCCGAACCAGUAGCGUGGGUAACGAUAUUUUGGGUUUCGAUAGCAAAGGAAACAUAGUCAACCAAAUGGAAGCUCACAACGGGCAUAUCGAUUGGAAAAGGAUUUGCCAGAAUUCCGCUAAGGUGAUAACGUUCAUCGAUUUAGCGGGUCAUGAAAAAUACCUAAAGACGACCAUUUUUGGAAUGACAGGCCAUUAUCCAGAUUUCGUUAUGCUUAUGAUAGGUGCUAAUGCCGGGAUAGUAGGUAUGACUAAAGAACACUUGGGCCUUGCCCUGGCUUUGAAUAUGCCAGUGUUCGUAGUGCUGACUAAAACGGACAUGUGUCCAGCUAAUGUUUUGGCCGAUAACGUGAAGCUGGUAGCUAAAGUACUUAAAUCGGCAGGUUGCCGUAAAAUUCCUAUCUUUGUUAACUCGAAUGAAGAUGUUGUCAAAGUUUCGGACUUUGUAUCUCAAAGAACAUGCCCGAUAUUCCAGGUCUCGAAUGUGACAGGCCAAAAUAUAGACUUACUCAAAAGCUUCCUCAACCUAUUGACCCCCUCUAUCCCUUCAGUUUCUUGCUCCAGACGAGAGCAUUUUGACAUAGAAAAACCGGCUGAACUUCUCAUUGACGAUUACUAUCAAGUCCCUGGUGUAGGGACGGUUGUGUCUGGAACUUGCAUAAACGGGAUCAUGAAAGUUGGGGAUACCUUUCUUCUAGGCCCGGACAGAAGCGGUAAUUUUAACCCCGUCAAUAUUAGGUCCAUCCAUAGGAAAAGGAUGCCCGUUGAGAAGGUCAGCGCUGGCCAGUCUGCCUCCAUGGCUCUUAAAAAGGUUCGCAAAAACGACGUUAGGAAAGGUAUGGUGCUAGUUUCCCCGGCCAUUCAACCAAAAUCUUAUUGGGAAUUUAACGCAAAUGUUCUUAUACUGCAUCAUCCGACCACAAUAAAACCAAAAUAUCAGGCCAUGAUACAUUGUGGUAGCGUUAGACAAACCGCGACGCUCCUUGAAAUGUCCCUGGAAUGUCUAAGAACCGGUGAUAGGGCGUUGGUUAGGUUUAGGUUCACUAAACAGCCAGAAUUUUUGAGGUGCGGUCAAAAGAUAGUCUUUAGGGAGGGAAGAACCAAGGCUAUAGGAUCUAUUUCCGAACUGUUGUAGAUGGUUCCGCAUUGAUAUGAUUUAAUGGAGUCUCUAAUCGCAAUUUAGAAAUAUCGGAAAUAUACGGGAAAAAAACAAGCAUAUAAGUUGAAAUAUAAUAUUUAUUUUGUUCUUUAGUUAUUUAAUAGGAUUUUAUUUAUGUAAAUUUAAUUUAAAUCAAAGAAAUAUUAUUAUAUAAAAUAUUAAUAUAUAUCACCGAAAUUGUAAUAGAA